AUGCCCGAAACCACAAAUUUAGUGGCCAAAUGUUUCGACUGGCUCAAGCGCCGUGGCGACAAACAAAAAGAAAAGAGGUAAUUACAGUUACACAUUACUUAAUAACCAGGUUACAAGUUAAUGAAGACAUUCCCGAUGUGCUCUGUAAUGAACAACAACUUGCAUUACGUAAGCGGAAGAAGGGAUACACGCGGCCGAACGUGCAAGUAAGUUGGUAUAACGUCAUUACCAUGAUUGCAGAAGAGAUACGAAAAGGAAUGGACCCAAGAGGAACAGCGAACUAUACAACAACUCACUCUGCUUCUGGAGACGCCACGGAGAUCGUACCACCGUGACCCGGCUGCUACACAUUCUGUAGAAGUAAAACCUGUAGUUCAGAAGAAGGAGAAGAACGGCAAUACCCAUAGUUCACAUCAGCCAGAAGUUGUCCCCAAAAAGAUAAACAAGAACACUGUUAUUAUCACAAAAAACAGGAAAAACAAUAAGAAAAACGACAAAAAUAAACGCAAAACGUAA